GAAACUCAAUCAGCAAAUUGAUGAAUUUCACCUGCUCAGACAAGAAAGGAAAACAGUGGUUUAACUGAAGCUGACAGCGUCCGCCUGACUUCAUGUCUUCACACGUUGGAGUUGUUUAACUGAGACAGACUCGGUGGUAAAAUGCAGCUCAAGAACAGCUUUAACCUAAAAAGUGUGCCGCUCAUAUUUCUACUAAUGUGUUGUGCGUAUUGGAAACGCUGUGCUGCACAGGUGAGCGGAGAGGGAGGAAACGAACCUCCAGAUGGACACAAGGGUGAGGGCAACGCUUUCUUCGCCCUGCGGAGCUGCCACCAGCUGCUGCGCGGCGACAACGGCGAGUUUUUCUCCCCGGACUACCUGUGCUCCAACCCACCUCUGUGGUGCAACUGGACCAUCCAGGUGGAUCCUGGGAAGAGGAUUCACCUCCACCUGGAGGACCUGACCCCCGAUGACGCCUGCCACCUCAAACAGGACCAGAUCCAUGUGGACGACCCCGCCAGCCAUUUUGGGGGGCAUAAGAUCCUGCAGAAGUGCUGGCGGGAGGCCAGGUACACCUCCUCCUCCAACACACUGGAUGUGGUGCUACUGAUUGCAGGCUGGCCCAACCUGCCGCACAGGGGUUUCUACGGCAACUACCAGGCGUUUGGACCGCCGGUGGCUUACAACCCACAGGAAGGCUUCACGGUGACCGACGAAGAGUCAGAACCAGCUCUGGGACCGAUGGACAUCAGUGAAUUUGGACCAGUAAUGAAUGGUGAACAGAUGGACUCGGGUUUGCUAGAGCAUCCGUCACCAGCGAAUUCUGACCUAAUUUAUGAUUAUUACAAUCAAUAUUCGGCCAUGACAGCUGAGCUGCCCUGGGAGCCCGAGGAGGCGGUGGACACGGACGCUGAGGUGGCUGAAAACCUCCAUCCAGCCUCGGGGAACUACAGUCACGUCUACCCGUUCACGGCUGUAGCGUCCACCCAGGGGACCUCCCGAUCGGGAAGAGGCAUCACUCGCACCCCUUCAAGCGGCUCUGACUCGGCUGUCCGCGCUACGUCUCCACAGCAGCAACACGAGCUCGAACCCACCAGUCGCACCCCGGCAGCAGUGCGGAGGAAUGUGGAGGAAGCUUCGACCCAACCGGAGGGUGCUGCUGUUCCAGGGGAUGAGAGUGGCGCGCGGAACCGGUCCCAGGAGGAAGAGCCUGCCACCGGUUCAGAACAAGCCACAGACGGUGAGAACAGCAACGCCUCGGACCGGCACCCCUCCACCUCCGAGGGACCAGAACCAGGGGAGACUGAACAGACUCAUCCUCACCCCAACAUGGUGGAGCCGCUGUUGGACCACAGAGGGAACCUCGAUGUUAGAAAUCACUCUGAAAUUCCGCAUCUUCCUGGCGAUCACCUGUUCGAAGUGGCUGUUGAGGUAAAUUUCAGCCAGGAUCUGGAGGAGUCCUGGGACAACCUGGCCAGGUCACUGCUGCUGUCGGUAAAGGCUUUGAUCAGUGAGCAGCUAGAGGCUCUGAACACGCCGCUGUCCAUAUCCUCCAAAAGAAUAAAAAGGUUGAAUGCAGGAGUGCUGUACAUCCUCUGGCUGCAGAUCGGAGAGGGGCCCGGAAGUCAGCAGGUGCACAGGGUCGUCCACUCCGCCAUGCAGGGCCUCAUUGCCACACAUGUGGGCCUUCUGGGAAUCCACAGGAAGGCUGUCGUCAUCUCCGUGUCGACUGCAGAUGUAAACGAGUGCGGGACCCAGCUGGUGCUGUGUGACGUCAACGCAGACUGCGUGAACCAGUUCGGCUCGUACUCGUGCCACUGCAGGACCGGCUUCCUGGACGAGUCCCGGUUGGGAUCGGGAGGAACCGUCUGUGUGGACAUGAAGGCUGCAGGUUGCAGCGCAGGCCUGUCUGCUGAGACUAAAGGCGUCUACGUGCUUUUCUUCCUGCUCAGCUCCCUCAUCCUGAUGCUGCUGGCGGCGGCCGGCCUGCUGUACCACCGUCACUACCGGGGGAUGUUCCUGGUUCGCUGCCGCAGCAGCGGCAGCAUCUCUCCCCCUGACCCCAACAACAAUCGCCGCCAUCACGGCAGCUACUCGAGCCCUGUGGACUCCGACCUGCCCCCGCCACCCCCGCCCGCCCGGGGCCCCAGAGAGGGCUGGCCCCAGGUGAAGGAGCGCUGCGCGGCUGUGGACCUGCCGCUGCUUCGCUUCAGCCCUCUGCUGCCGCCGGACGGCUACAUGGAGCCACGGGACGGUGGGAAGUUGUGAACAGACAGUGGACUGAGAUCUGUGAUGCUCCAAAGUAUCUUAACUCUUUUCAGUAAAACCUCCUUUUCAUUUAGUUUUCUUUCACUUUGUGUCUGAGUGCCUGAUACUCUUGUCCACUAUAAUCUGAUGAAUUAAAGUCGCAAGAAAACAGCA